AUGGUAACGACGCUCGGCCUGAAGAUGGCGGCCGAGUGGGGUGGAGGAGCGGGUUGCUCGGGUUCAGGCCCGGGCUGGAGCCGGUGGUUCUGGAGCGGUUCUUUGUGGGUCCGAGGCAUUUUAUUGCUAUUGAGCGGGCUCCGGGCAAGCGCCACAUCUAUUCCUAUGUCGUUGGGCAGUUCUCCUCCCUGCCGGCACCACGUCCCCUCUGACACUGAGGUCAUAAAUAAGGUUCAUCUCAAGGCAAAUCAUGUUGUAAAGAGAGAUGCUGAUGAGCAUUUAAGAAUCAAGACUGUCUAUGAUAAAAGUAUUGAAGAGUUGCUCCCUGAGAAAAGAUAUCUUGUAAAGAACAAACUUUUCCCGCAAGCUAUUUCUUAUUUAGAGAAGACUUUUCAGGUUCGUAGACCUGCUGGCACUAUCUUACUUAGCAGACAAUGUGCCACAAACCAAUACCUACGGAAGGAAAAUGAUCCUCAUAGAUAUUGUACUGGGGAAUGUGCAGUGCAUACAAAAUGUGGCCCAGUUAUAGUGCCUGAGGAACAUCUACAGCAGUGCAGGGUCUGUCGUGAGGGUAAGUGGCCCUGUAAAGCAGUGGGCGUGCAGAAUCAAGAGGGCAUCCGGGAUGCAGACUUUGUUCUUUAUGUUGGUGCUCUGGCCACCGAGAGGUGCAGCCAUGAAAACAUCAUCUCUUAUGCAGCCUAUUGUCAGCAGGAAGCAAAAAUGGACAGGCCAAUAGCAGGAUAUGCUAACCUGUGUCCAAAUAUGAUCUCUACCCAGCCUCAGGAGUUUGUUGGGAUGCUGUCCACAGUAAAACAUGAGAUUAUUCAUGCCCUGGGUUUCUCUGCUGGGCUGUUUGCAUUCUACCAUGAUAAAGAUGGAAAUCCUCUUACUUCAAGGUUUGCGGAUGGUCUUCCACCUUUUAAUUAUAGUCUUGGAUUAUAUCAAUGGAGUGAUAAAGUAGUUCGAAAAGUGGAGAGAUUAUGGGAUGUUCGGGAUAAUAAGAAAGUUCGUCACACUGUGUAUCUCCUGGUAACACCUCAUGUUGUUGAUGAAGCACGAAAACAUUUUAACUGUCCAAUUUUAGAGGGAAUGGAACUUGAAAAUCAAGGUGGUCUGGGCACUGAGCUCAACCAUUGGGAAAAGCGGUUAUUGGAAAAUGAAGCAAUGACUGGUUCUCACACCCAGAACCGAGUCCUCUCUCGAAUCACUCUGGCGUUAAUGGAGGACACUGGCUGGUAUAAAGCAAAUUACAGCAUGGCUGAGAAGUUAGACUGGGGCCGAGGAAUGGGCUGUGACUUUGUCAGGAAGAGCUGUAAAUUUUGGAUUGAUCAGCAGAGACAGAAGAGGCAGAUGUUGAGCCCUUACUGUGACACGCUCAGAAGUAAUCCAUUGCAGUUAACUUGCAGACAGGACCAGAGAGCAGUUGCAGUGUGUAACUUGCAGAAGUUUCCUAAACCUUUACCACAAGAGUAUCAGUACUUUGAUGAACUCAGUGGGAUACCUACAGAAGAUUUGCCUUAUUAUGGUGGUUCAGUAGAAAUUGCUGACUAUUGCCCUUUCAGUCAGGAAUUCAGUUGGCAUUUAAGUGGUGAAUAUCAGCGCAGCUCAGAUUGUAGAAUAUUGGAAAAUCAACCAGAAAUCUUUAAAAACUAUGGUGCUGAAAAGUAUGGUCCUCAUUCAGUUUGUCUAAUCCAGAAAUCUGCAUUUGUCAUGGAAAAGUGUGAGAGGAAGCUGAGUUAUCCAGACUGGGGGAGUGGAUGUUACCAGGUUUCUUGUUCUCCUCAAGGUCUGAAGGUUUGGGUCCAAGAUACUUCAUAUUUGUGUAGUCGAGCCGGACAGGUCCUCCCUGUCAGUAUUCAGAUGAAUGGCUGGAUUCACGACGGAAACCUGCUUUGCCCAUCAUGUUGGGACUUCUGUGAGCCCUGUCCUCCAGAAACAGAUCCUCCAGCUGCUAAUCUGACCCGAGCUUUACCACUGGAUCUCUGUUCCCGUUCCUCUAGCCUGGUGGUCACCCUCUGGCUUCUGCUAGGCAAUCUGUUUCCUCUGCUGGCCGGAUUUCUUCUGUGUGUGUGGCACUAGUAAUGGAAAAGUGAAUUCUCAAGUUACUUUAUGUGAUAUUCCUGCAAACAAAGCACAAAAUCUGGGUAAUGGCAACCUAUGCAGAUGGCAGAAGUGGCUUUCCUGACUUUGGCUUGGAGUGUUGACCACAAUUAGACCUUGAAGCAAAGCUUCACAGCAGUCACUCCGCAUCCGCAGCCCAACCACCUCAGAGCUUGGAGAGCAAAAGAGAUUAUAAGUCACCAAGUCUCUUUAUUUUUCAGGAUAGUUUUCCUUUGAAAAUAGGAUAAUUGGUGGAAUAUUCAGAGUGAUUACAUACCUCAGCAUCUUCACUAACCUAAGACGAUGGGAGAGUUCAUCAUCAAUACUUCAGUAACUUAAACAACAGCUAAUUAUUGCCGGAUUACAAGUUGUGAAUCCUGUCCUCAAAAGUAUAAAUUGUCCUUUGACUUACAGAAAAUAAUUGAAUCGGAAUUUCUACAGCACUGUUAUACGUAUUUUAAGUUUAAUAGCUAUACAUGGUACACUCAAAUCAUCAUUCCCAUUGUUAGUUCUAAAUUAUGUAUUAUAUUUUAAAAUUAUGUUGUGCUAAAUCUUAUGAUUUAACCAUGCUUGCCUUUUUUUGCCAGCUGUGUGGCAAUUUACUACUGAACUAUCAUCGGUAUGUUGGUAGCCUUCUGUCCUCACCGAUCUUCAGAGCUCAGCUUCCAGUUGUAUUCUCCAUUAGUUUAAUAAUGACUUGAAAAAAUGUGGAAGCAGAGAGAGUAAAAUACUCUGCCCUGUAAAAAUGUUGAAGACGUGCAAAAAGAAGAAAACAUAAUUGUAUGUUUUUCAGAUAAUAGUUAUGACAACUAUAAUCCAACAUUAUGCAACUAUAAUCCAACAAAAACAAAACUAUUCCUUUAUGACCAAUGAAGAUAAAAAAUAAACAGGUAUGGAAUUAUUUUAAAGUGGGCUAAGAAAUUGUUACGGAAGACCGAAAAAAAAAAAAAAAAAAAAAAAAAAAGAUGAGAAAAAAGGAAUUGUUACAGAAGAGUUUCUUUUUUUCUUCUUCUUUUCACAGGUGUUGAAGAUGUUUCUAAUAUCUGAAAAUUAUUUUAUGUAUAAGAAGAAAAAUAUAAGUCAAAACAAGAUGGUCUGAAUUGUGGGCCGGCCCGUGGCUCACUCGGGAGAGUGUGGUGCUGAUAACAGCAAGGCCACGGGUUCA